CGCCUCGAGGCCCCGCCACCAGCGGGCACCCGGAGCCAGGCCCGCAGCGGUCCCGCCUGACCUUCAGUCUGAUGCCCGUCCAGCCCUCCGACCGCCUGGAAUGGAAUGAGUCUAUGCACUCCCUCCGGAUCAGCGUGGGGGGCCUGCCUGUGCUGGCGUCCAUGACCAAGGCCGCGGACCCCCGCUUCCGCCCCCGCUGGAGGGUGAUCCUGCCGUCCUUUGUGGGCGCCGCCGUCCUCUGGCUGCUCUACUCCCACCGCCCAUCCCCCGGCAGGCCCCCCACCCACAACGCACACAACUGGAGGCUCAGCCAGGCACCUGCCGACCGGUACAAUGACACUUACCCCCUGUCUGCCCCCCAGAGGACGCCGGGGGGGAUUCGGUACCGAAUUGCGGUCAUUGCGGACCUGGACACAGAGUCACGGGCCCAAGAGGAGAACACCUGGUUCAGUUACCUGAAAAAGGGCUACCUGACUCUGUCAGACAGUGGGGACAAAGUGGCUGUGGAAUGGGACAAAGACCACGGGGUCCUGGAGUCCCACCUGGCGGAAAAGGGGAGGGGCAUGGAGCUCUCGGAUCUGAUCGUCUUCAAUGGGAAACUCUACUCCGUGGAUGACCGGACAGGGGUCGUCUACCAGAUCGAAGGCACCAAGGCCGUGCCCUGGGUGAUCCUCUCCGACGGCGACGGGACGGUGGAGAAAGGACCCGAGCUUCCAGGCAAGGCCAUGGCCCUCCCACGGCUCUUCUGGAUGUGGCUGCUGGUCGCAGGGACUCAAGGCGUGAACGACGGCGACAUGCGGCUGGCCGAUGGGGGCGCCGCCAACCAGGGCCGCGUGGAGAUCUUCUACAGAGGCCAGUGGGGCACCGUGUGUGACAACUUGUGGGACCUGACCGACGCCAGCGUCGUGUGCCGGGCCCUGGGGUUCGAGAACGCCACCGAGGCUCUGGGCAGAGCCGCCUUUGGGCAAGGGACGGGCCCGGUCAUGUUGGAUGAGGUCGAGUGCACGGGGACGGAGCCCUCGCUGGCCGACUGCAAAUCCCUGGGCUGGCUGAAGAGCAACUGCAGGCACGAGAGGGACGCCGGCGUGGUGUGCACCAACGAAACCAGAAGCAGACACACCCUCGACCUCUCCAGGGAGCUCUCCGCCGCGCUCGGCCAGAUCUUCGACAGCCAGCACGGCUGUGACCUGUCCCUCCAGGUGCAGGUGCAGGAGGAGGAGGUGCUGGACCUCUGUGCCCACACCCUGAUCCUGGCCUCCAACCCCGAGGCCCAGGCCCUGUGGCAGGAGCCGGGCAGCAAAGUCGUCAUGAGCGUGGACGCCGAGUGCACGCCUGUGGUCAGAGACUUCCUCAGGUACUUCUACUCCCGGAGGAUCGACAUCUCCCUGUCGUCGGUCAAGUGCUUCCACAAGCUGGCGUCUGCCUACGGGGCCACGCAGCUGCAGGAAUACUGUGCCAGCCUCUUUGCCAGCCUCCUGCCCCAGGACCCCUCUUUCCGGACACCCCUGGACCUCUACGCCUAUGCACUGGCCACCAGGGACCCCCUGCUGGAGGAGCUCUGCGUGCGGUUCCUGGCCUGGAACUUCGAGGCCCUGACGCAGGCCGAGGCCUGGCCCAGCGUCCCCACAGCCCUGCUCCAGGUGCUGCUCCCCAAGAGCGAGCUGGCUGUGCCCAGCGAGCUGGCCCUGCUCAAGGCCCUGGACGCCUGGAGCUGGGAGCAGCGCGCCUCCCGCGGGGACGUGGAAGGCUUGAUCGAGGUGAUCCGCUUCCCGAUGAUGCGGCCCGAGGACCUCUUUGAGCUGCAGUUCAACCUGUCCCUGUAUAGGGCUCACGAGGCCCUGUUCCAGAGGAAGAUUCUGCAGGCCCUGGAGUUCCACACCGUGCCCUUCCAGCUGCUGGCCCAGUACAGAGGCCUGAACCUCUCCGAGGACACGUACAAGCCCCGGAUUUACACCUCGCCCACCUGGAGCGCCUCUGUGACGGCCGAUUCCCAGAACGCACGAGCGCUUCCGUUCGCUUAUUCUUACGGCGCAGUUUACAGCCGCGCCUCCUCCAGCUACAGGUAUUACCCCUACCAGUCCUUCCAGACCCCACCCCACCCCAGCUUCCUGUUCCAGGCCAAGAGCGUCUCCUGGUCCCUGGCCUACCUCCCCACCGUGCAGAGCUGCUGGAACUACGGGUUCUCGUGCACCUCGGGCGAGCUCCCCGCCCUGGGCCUGACCAGGUCCGGCUACUCAGAUCCCACCAUCGGCUACGAGAACAAAGCCCUGGUGCUCUGUGAAGGGCGCUUCGUGGCAGACGUCGCCGAUUUCGAGGGCCCCAAGGCCACGAUCCCCAGUGCCCUGGAGAACAACGGUUCCAGGAGCGCUUCCCUCUUCCCCUGCCCGACGGGGUCCUUCAGCAGCUUCCGGGCAGUCAUCCGCCCCUUCUACCUGACCAACUCCACGGGCGCGGACAACGCUGCGUGGUAGGGACUCGGCCAGGCACACCCCGGGCAGUGCCGAGGGCCGCCCCUCCCCUGCCUCCUUCCUCUCUGUAGCCACCUUCGACAACCGGCCACCAGAUGUCCCCCUGCUUCCCCGAUCUCCCUGAGCUUAAAGAAAUUACUGGAAGGUUUCGGCUAGCGUUCUCCACUAGUUCCUAGUUCUCCCCCUGCCCACUGGUGUCUAGGUCGGGAAGCAGCAAAGCCCACGCCAGGCUUCCCCCGUCCCCUUUCAGCCACCAGCCUCCAUUGUCACCGGCCUGAGAUCAUUAAAAUCCUAUCGCAG